CCCGAAUUCUCCUGCGAUCGUCUUCCUAUUCGAAGCCACAGACUUCCCUGUACCAUCGAACAUCAACUCGCCUCAACCCGCCUCGCCAAACUUCAAGUCAAGUCAACCUUGACUCCUGCUGCUCGCACAAAUCUUCGAGACCCCCCCAACAAUCCACCAAAAGAGUCUCGAAUACCAGGAAACAAAUCUUGACUCCCGCCGGGUCUUAUUGUUUCGCCGCGCAGCACCAGCCAUACUACAUAGAAAGACAAGACCAAGAACCAAACAACAGCGUUUUGUCUUGCUCGUCUCGCUCCUAGGAAAACAAUUAAUUUUCCCCGCCCGGUUUCCACAACUUCGUCACUCGGGAGACCUUGAAUGCGUUGGAGAAAGAAGAACGAGGCUGCAGCAACAUCGUGUCACAUCACACCUCGUCUACUACCGACGUCUAACACCACACUCUAUCCCUCCGUCUUGACUCGGACGGCCUUGAAUUCCUCAACCGAGUGGUAGCCCGACACGCUUCACUCUUCCUCACCAUACCAUACCCACCCUAGCUUCUACGCCCAUCACCCCGCUGUUCUCCGCCGACUUGAGCCAACAUGAACCAUCCUUACAAUAACGUCCAGGAGAUUCAGAGGCAGAUGCAACAGAAGCAACAAGAGCUGGCAAAUCUCCAAAACCUUCUUCUUCAGCAAAAUGCAUCAGUAGCACCGCAAGCUGCCCAGAGCAAUUUCAACCUGCUCCCAUCACAAGGGGACUACCAUGUAGACGCUGCCGCCUUCACACAACACCAACAGCCCAAUGCUGCUCCUCUGCUCAACCGCAGGGCCACAAUACCCAGAAGCAAGUCCAACAUGGGCUACGCUGCCCAACCCACAAGAAUGAUGGAGCGCACAAGUGAUGACUCGCCCCAUCCCGUAAAGCGCGCGAGGGUCAUGUCCCAGCAGCAUCCCCGCGCCACGCCCAUGACGGGCAUGUCUAGAAGUGCUUCCAACAGAUCAGAAAAGUCUAUCCCUUUUGUCGUCAAGGGCCCUCUACAGCCCCUCCAGACGUCAAAUAACCCCAACCCCAUGAUGGACCGCUUCUACCAGAGCCAAGAUGACCCUCAUGUCCUGUUCGAGUCCUCCCUUCAGAGAUCGCCAACAAAUAAACGCCACUCGGAUCUCUCGCCUGUCGAGGAAAACGCAGGUUUCCCAGAGGUCGGCAUGAACCCUCUCGACUUCCUCGCUGCGCAAGACGAGAGCAUACCAUCUCCAGCCAUGGUCCCGCCGCCGCAGAACUUCCUGACGCCCUACGAUGGCCGGAAUUCACAGGCCAGCCUCAUCAACUCGGUUUGCCCGUCCAUGAGCUCUGGCACAUCGGCUGCCGAGACCAUGCCUCUUACGAGGGAGAACAGCUCUUUCGACAAUCAGUCACUCAGCGGCGCAUUCGGUAUGACGAGAAUUAACUCGGCACAUUCCCAAGGCGCUGCCGACUUCAUGUCUCCGGAAGUUUACGCUGUCCCCUCCGGCACGUCACCGAAUAAGUCCGAUUACCUCGCCUACGUCGGCGCGGGCACUAGCUUGUCGCCUCAAUAUCCUCAACAGUCGCCCAUCGAUGAGCAGUUCCUCAGCCAAGGCUCCUCGAUGAUGGAGCGCUCUAUCUCCGCUACCAGCAACGCAUCUACCAAGUCAAGCACCGAGCGCAGGGCGAAAGAAGCACGCCUUCAGCAGAUCCAGAAUGCGAACCGCACAAAGAUCUGCCCCAAGCCUCACGACGCGGUUAAGUCCCAGUCGGCUUCUGCUAAGAAGGAAGGCAAGGUUGCUGUCUCUAAGGGUAGCUACACUCGUCCCAAGCACCCCAAGGUGUUCUGCGACAUGUGCAGCGAUCACCCCGACGGCUUCCGCGGCGACCACGAGUUGCGCAGACACAUCAACGCUAAGCACGAGGGCAUCGUUAAGAAGUUUGUAUGCCGCGAUCCCAGCACGGUCGGCAUGCAGAGUGGCGUCCAGGCUAUCAACCCGCUCUCCAAGUGCAAGCAGUGCGUCGCCCGCAAGCAAUACGGCGCUUACUACAACGCUGCAGCUCAUCUCCGCCGAACGCACUUCAAGCCCAAGACUCCCCGUGGCAAGAACAAGCGGGGCGACGAGGAGGAGAAGCGUGGCGGCAAGGGCGGUGGCGACUGGCCCCCCAUGAACGAGCUCAAGCAGUGGAUGGAAGAGGUGUUUGUGGCUGCCGACGACGAGGUCGCUGAGGGCGAGGCUCAGGAGGAAGACGAGGAGGAGACGCAGGCCACUGCCCAACAGUUCGACCCCUCCAUGUCGAUGGACCUGUCUCUUGGCCACAUGGGCGAGAACAUGACCUACGACAUGGGUUUCCCUCAGUCCUACCACAUGCCUGAGUUGGCGGCGAUCGACACUACCCAGGCCUCGUACCUGGCCGUUUCCAACAUGCCGCUCUCCUCCGCGUCGGAAGCCUUUGCCUUCUCCCCGUUUGGUCAGAACUCGCCAAUGAACAACGGUUUGUCGCACGAGACGGCCUUUUCCAUCUCGUCGUCAAACACUGUCACACCCACCAAUUACCACCAGGACCCGCUUGCCGCGGAGGGCUUUGAAGGCUACACUGCCUACUAAAGACUAAUUGGGAACGUUGUUGAAUUCUCACGGAUUUAAUUCUUUCUUAAUUUCGGAAUAUUUCACACAAUCGUGUCACUCGUGUCGCACUUUCUACCGCAAAUCGUGAUUGGGAUUGGGAUCUUGGGCAGUUGGGCCGCGCUCAGGCGUUCAUUGGGCCGACUUUCGGUUGACCAUCUGCAUGACGCGGCUCUGCCCAACAUCGCCCUCCACCACGCGACCUCCGCAGCGUCGACCAAGAAAAAAGAAAUCACGAAAAAAAAGCGAGAACGAUUUUCCUUCCAUUGGCAAUUUUGUCAUGACAUCAUGAUCAGUACCACCACGGCUGCCCGGUGUCGUCGGCCGAGUGGAGACACUCGCUGGGUCACACCCGCGCAGCCGGAUUCAUUUCUAUUCCCCGUCUUUUCGAUUCUCAGUCACUUCCGGACUCUCUUCGAUAUCGACCUAUCUCUAUUUAUAUCUCUCUCAACCGGUCGGGUCGAGAUACGUUUCACAAUGGCUCAGUGAAAUGCGGUGACAGCAUUUCGCGCCUCAAGAGCCGAAUGCCUUUCGGUGGUGCAACCGAGGCCUUGGAAUCAUUGCUGUAUAUAUACACACACAAACGGCCACGUUUCUGGACGACCAAAACAGUUUCCAGCGGAUGGAUCAAAAGGGGUGGUGGGAGGCGAGCGGAAUGGCAACCGUCGCUCCCCCGAUCCCGAUACGGUACACAGGCGUUGUGCUCUGCUCUCCGCGAGGAGAGUUUUCUUACUCUAUUCUUGGAAUUUUACAAUCUUGUGUUUUCUUGCGAGGUGUUGGGGAUUUGGGAUUGUUACGCAUGCUUUCUGGGAAGACGAAAGGGUUCGUCCCGUAGACAUGUAUAUACAUGGGUUGGAUGGAUGGCUGGUUGGGUUCAAGACGCACAGCACGCGCUUGCGUUGGAUGGGUUCAGGAACACGGCGGACAUGUGGUAAAUGUCCCACUUGGGUGCAUAGCACGAAACAAG